AUGUUGCGACCCAAGUCUCAUUCUGUAUGUUCUGAUGGUUCUGAAUGGGAAGCUAUUCUUACAGAAGUUGCAUUUUCUGUGUUGGAAAAGCUCCUAGAACCACUUGAUCAUGUUCGUUUCGCUACCGUUUGUAAACGAUGGAGUUCAAUUGCAAAAGAUUACAAUCAAACAACUCAGCGUUGGCGCAGUAAGCAAGUACUUCCUAUGCUCAUGAUCCCUCCUAGUAGUGCUGCACUAUCCCAAGGAGCAGUACUGUACAGCGUUUCCGGGAGAACAAUGUAUAACAACAUCAGGUUACCGGUGCCUGCAAAUGAAAAGUAUUGUGGCUUUGGCCAUGGUUGGUUGGCCUCCAUAGACGAAUCUCUGACCAACAUAACUCUUAGAAAGUUCCCUGCUGACCGAAAUGGCGGACUGAAUGUCAUUCAUCUUCCUCCUCUCAUACAUGACUUGAAUGAGAGAUAUAAUGAAACGAAAUCCGUCCCAAAGGUUAUAUUGUCUGCCGAUCCCACUUUACAUCCGGACAGUUAUGUGGUCUUAGCAAUUCUCUGUCAUAGUCACAGAGCAGCUUACAUUGCAGGACAACAAAAUCAUUGGAACAAAAUCGCGAGUAGUGGCGGUCGUCCCAAGUAUAUUCAUGCUACAUUUUAUGGAAACCUUGGCUACCUAUUCAAUGCCUUCGGAAGUGCUCUGAUGAGAUUCAAUGCUGAGUGGGGUGAAUGCUUGCCACAACUAGUGAAUACUCAACCUCAAACCAGUCCUAAAAGUUGUUCAUAUCUUGUUGAAUCAACCAACGGAAACCUAUUGCUUGUUGAAAGAGUCUCGGCACGUAACGAAGUGUCGGCUACAAGCUUCAAAGUUUCCCAAGUGGUAAAGAAACAAUACUCUGGAUCCAUACUUGGUGUUGACGCACAACUACUUGAGGUGAAUAGCAUUGGAGAUGAAGCUCUGCUCGUAUGUGAGAGUCAUUCAAUGUCUGUUUUGGCUUCGAACUUUCGUGGAUGCCAUCCGAAUUCUAUCUACUACGCUUAUAAUAGUGGCUCAACAUGGGAGAUGGGUAUCUUCAGUUUAGAGAACAAAACCACCACACGACUCUACUCUCUGAAUCAUUGCGAAUCGGACUAUAUGCCAUUUUGGAUCACACCAUCGUUUGAAGGACUCUGCUGA